GCGGGAACCUUGAGCCGCUCUGUCGUUGAGGGAGCGCUGUCUCCUCCGGUUCCUCCUGGCUGGUGGCGCAGCGUCCUUCGGAUCCUCUCUGGUUAACACUGCUGAAUAUGAGACGAUCGGCAGCACCAAGUCAGUUGCAAGGGAAUCCCUUCAAAAAGCUGAAAUUUAUACCGCCAGCAAGAAGUAAUCCAAGUCCUAAUGAAGAGGUUACAAAGCUGAAUUCAGAUAUAAAAUUAUCUGAGGUUGCUGCAAAUAAGAAUACUUUUUUGCAGUCACAAAAUGAUCCCAGAAUAUGCAGUUUUAAUCUGCCUGCUGAAGAAAGUUCUAGAGGAAUUAAUCAUGAGGAUAAUUACAGGGAAAAAUAUUGUUUGGAAGCAUCUGGAAAGACAACAUCAGACCCACAUCAUACAGUUCAUUUAGCCCCUAAAGAAAUAACAGUGUCUAAGGGACAAGAAGAGGAGCCUGAUAGCCUAGUUAAAUAUUUCAGUGUUGUUUGGUGUAAGCCUUCAAAGAAAAAACACAAAAAGUGGGAAGGCGAUGCUGUUCUUAUUGUAAAAGGAAAGUCAUUCACAUUAAAGGAUUUGGAAGGCAAAGACAUUGGAAGAGGCAUUGGAUAUAAAUUCAAAGAGCUUGAAAAGAUUGAAGAGGGCCAAACAAUGACGAUUGGUGGAAAAGAAAUAGAAGUCAUGGGUAUAAUCUCUCCAGAUGAUUUCAACAGUGGCAGAUGUUUUCAGCUUGGAGGAGGAAGUUCUGCUGCCUUAUGUUCUUCUCAAGCUGUCAAGAAGUGUUUCUCUAACCCUUUCAAAAGUGUCUGUAAACUAAGUUCAAAGGAAAAUAGACAGAAAAGUUUCCAAAAUUGUAAACCACGCCAUGACCCAUAUGCACCAAAUUCACUUGUUAUGCCACAACCAGAUAAUAAUCACCAGCAGAUGUUCAGUAAGAACUGUUUUCCUGUUGUGGAUGUAGUGAUAGAUCCUCACCUUGUAUUUCACCUUCGACCACAUCAGAAAGAAGGGAUCAUAUUCCUUUAUGAAUGUGUGAUGGGAAUGAGGGUGAAUGGCAGAUGUGGAGCUAUUCUUGCUGAUGAAAUGGGUUUAGGGAAAACAUUGCAAUGUAUUUCGCUCAUCUGGACUCUACAGUGUCAGGGACCCUACGGUGGCAAGCCAGUAAUAAAGAAGACACUUAUUGUCUCACCUGGAAGCUUGGUGAAUAAUUGGAGGAAAGAAUUUCAAAAAUGGCUAGGAAUUGAAAGGAUCAAGAUAUUUACUGUUGAUCAGGACCACAAAGUAGAAGAAUUCACCAAAUCUCCAUUUUAUUCUGUUCUUAUCAUCAGUUAUGAAAUGUUACUUCGUUCCCUGGAUCAAAUUAAGAAUAUAAAAUUUGAUCUUCUAAUUUGUGAUGAAGGGCAUCGUUUGAAGAACAGUACCAUUAAGACAGCUACAGCCCUCAUUAGCCUCGCCUGUGAGAAAAGGAUAAUUCUAACUGGUACUCCAGUUCAGAAUGAUCUCCAAGAAUUUUUUGCAUUAAUUGAUUUUGUAAAUCCAGGAAUAUUAGGCUCUUUGCCGUCUUAUAGAAAAAUAUAUGAAGAACCCAUUAUUAAAUCGAGACAACCUUCUGCUUCUGAGGAAGAAAAGGAGUUAGGAGAGAGAAGAGCAGCUGAACUUACUUGCCUCACUGGGCUCUUUGUCCUUAGAAGAACCCAAGAAGUCAUAAAUAAAUAUCUCCCACCUAAGAUAGAGAAUGUAGUCUUUUGCCGACCAGGAGCCCUACAGAUUGAACUUUAUCGAAAACUGUUGAAUUCUCAGGCUGUCAGAUUCUGUCUUCAAGGAUUGUUGGAAAAUAGUUCUCAUCUAAUAUGUAUUGGAGCUCUUAAAAAACUGUGCAAUCACCCCUGCCUUUUGUUCAACUCAGUAAAGGAAAAAGAAUGCAGCUCAACUUGGGAUGAGAAUGAAGAAAGGAAUCUAUAUGAAGGCUUGAUAAAUGUGUUUCCCGCUGAUUACAACCCACUCAUGUUUGCUGAGGAAGAGUCAGGAAAACUACAGGUGCUGUCAAAGCUCUUAGCUGUUAUCCACGAACUUUGUCCUGAUGAAAAGGUGGUGUUGGUAUCCAACUAUACACAAACCUUGAAUAUUUUACAAGAAGUAUGCAAGCGUCAUGGAUAUGCUUAUACAAGACUUGAUGGACAAACACAGAUCUCUCAAAGGCAACAAAUUGUUGAUGGCUUUAAUAGUAAAUACUCUUCUGAUUUUAUUUUUUUGUUAAGUUCAAAAGCUGGUGGUGUGGGACUUAACCUUAUUGGAGGAUCUCACUUAAUUCUCUAUGACAUUGAUUGGAAUCCAGCCACUGAUAUCCAGGCAAUGUCUAGAGUGUGGAGAGAUGGUCAGAAACAUCCCGUACAUAUUUACAGACUCCUAACCACAGGUACAAUAGAAGAAAAGAUCUAUCAAAGGCAGAUCAGUAAGCAAGGUCUUUCUGGGGCAGUUGUAGACCUAACCAAGACAUGUGAUCAUAUUCAGUUUUCAGUAGAAGAACUUAAAAAUUUGUUCACAUUACAUGAAAGUUCACAUUGUGUUACUCAUGACCUGCUUGACUGUGAAUGUACAGGAGAAAAUCAUACAGGUGAUUCAUUGGGAAAAUUCCCUGUCUUUAGAAAUUGUCAGCUUGGUACACAUCAACAGAAGUCUGACUCCCUGAAACCUGUCUCCAUGUCACAGCUGAAGCAAUGGAAACAUUUUUCUGGAGAUCAUUUAAAUCUUACAGAUCCUUUUCUUGAAAGAAUAAGAGAAAAUGUGUCAUUCUUUUUUCAGAAUAUAACCAAUCAAACUACUGCUAUAUAACCCCCUUUAAAAAAUUAAUCUAGUAAGUAAAUGUAAUUUUGGAAAACAAAUAGAAUUAUUUUAAUUAUAAUAAUAUAUUUUAUUGCAAAAUGUAUUAUAGUUUUGAUAUAAUAAUCAAAACUGAGUUGUUUAAUUUUUUGUAUAUAUUCUUAAAUAUUGAAACAUUAAAGACAUACUUGUAUCAUCCUAUAAUUGUUUAUUAAUAAUUCCGUAAUUCAUGCAGUUUCAUUAAGUAAUUUCUAAGGAAUUUUCAUAAGGAAUAUUAAAAGGUAAAAUGCCCUGUUUCUAUCUUUGGGAAAUCUAAACUGAUUAGGAAUAUUAGACAGAUGUGGGAGACAACUGAAAAAUUUGGUAAGUUUAAACUACAGCUCAAAGGAGAAAGAGAAUCAGAGACUAGGAUUGCUAAUGCUGAAGAUUCAGUUGGACAUAAUAGUUGCUACAGGGCGGUUUGGGUGAGAGUGGUCUGUGGGUUGUGGCAGGACGGGGAGGAGUACUGGACACUUCAAAGCACGGUUUUCUAAUCUGGGACUUCAGACUGUAAAGCCAUGUCCAGCAAGCAUUGUUUGUACUCUGGUUAAUGGUUCAGCUACCAUCAUGUCAAGGGGUUUCUGUAGUAAUUUUUGACAUUAAAUAGAAAGUUUUAAUUUACAAAGCAAGCUUUAGAAGACUGAAGUCUGCAAGGAGAAAGGAGUUACUCAUUUAAUCUCCAAUUGGGGUUCCUGCAAUCAGCUUUUGCUUCCUUUUAGGGAAAUUUCUUUUAGACUGAAAUUGUCUU